UCUAACAACUGACACGAAAAGGAAAUUAAAAGAGCUUAGGUUAAAAUAGUAAGCACGGAGUAUUUCUUACCAUCUUUAUUUUCCAAAACCCUAAAAAUCGGUUUGUUACUUUCCAAAUUCUAAUUUUCCAAAUUUCAUUCCCAGCUUCUGACUAGAGUCUAAAAGCUUACAGAUUAAACCCAGAAAUCGGCGACGAAAAAUUUCUCCUUUAUUUAACCUCUAGAAAGAUAAUUUACUGGAUAGAAAUUUAUUGUUAGAAAUUUCAAUAGAGCUCGACAGACUUAAAGACAAGUUUUAUUGAGUAAUAGUUCUUUUGAGGCUAAUCUAAAAUUGAAAAGCUCAUUCCUCAAUUGAAGCAAUAAACUUGAGACAUUUUUCGACAUUUGAUAGAUGUUCAAGAAAUAUAAUCUGCGUUCCGCGAUUUCUUCGUUAUAUUCGUUUCACUUCAAUUGACCUGCUCAAAAGUUUAUCUGAAAAAAGCCCUUAUUUUAAAUGUAACUUCAAUCUCAAGAAACUUCAACUUAUCCGUGAAAAAUGAGCCAAUUUUAGCUGUAAUUUCAACUUCAACUUUCUAGUACUUUUUGACGAUUUUAAAAUUUCCAAACAUUUAGCGUUACUUUGUCCCUUUUGAUUUUAAAAGAUACAGCAUCCAAUAUGUCAUUCCAAGCAAUACUUCGAAAUAACACAACAGAAUCAGUGCCAGAUUUAAGUUCAAAUUUGUCUCAAAGCCAGUCGAUUUUUUGGUUCAGCCCUUUAGAAUGCACGACUAUUGGUAUCGGUUUUUAUUCGGCUGCUCUUGUCGGUUCUUUUCUAAAUACUUCGGUACUAGUCGUGCUUUGUCACGUUCUGUUUCGCGACGUUCGCAAAUCAGGCUCGGAUUUCCUGAUUGCUGUGCUGACCUCUCUUGACCUUUGCGCAACAACUGUCGUGUUCGUUCUCGAAGGAGCUCACUUCAUAUCACCCGCUUGCAAUGACGGACCCUCGGAACUCAUGUUUGUCGUCACUUUUUUCCUCGAAACAUCAUCCGCUCUCUCGCUGCUGAACAUCGCUCUGUUCCGAUAUUCUAAAAUCUGUCUUGUAAACGUUCUUGACAUCGACUUCAAGCAAACUUGGUACAUGACUCUGGCAAACGUCGGAACUUCUGUAAUUGCCACAAUUCUCGCAGUGUUAUGUAAUAACCCAGACUGGAGUCGACUUUCGAUGCUCAUUUACCUGUCGACUAUCUUCAUAGUUUUCAUCCUAAUGGGAAUUCUCUACUUUACCGCGUACUGGGCACUCCGCAAGCGGUCCAAUCAAGCUCGACUACGAAACGCUAAACGAGUUAACUUCGCCAACUUAACAAACAUGACAAUCGGGACGACACCUGUUGAAAACAGAAACGGAAGCGGCGGCGAGCAUUUAGCCGAACAUAAAGCACUCGAAGAGGAGAACAACGACAAGCAGCAGACGAGUUCGAAUAACUUGAAGGUGUCCUUUGAAAUACAGCAAGAAGGAUCCGGAGCAUCCCAGAUUUCGACGAAAGAAAACUCGCCGGCGAAGACAGCGAUCGAACUGAUGACUGAGCGAUCGGCUAAAGUGUUCAUCGCAAUAACACUGCUGUAUCUCCUAUGUUUCAUGCCCAACGCCAUUUUGACAUUCUCGCUGCUUCUGAUGGGUCCGAAAAAAUUCUACCAGUUGUCGAUGCCUGUCGUUGCUCAGAUUGCGAUGAAAUAUUGCAACCUCUUCUACAACUUCAACUUUCUUGCAAUGCCAUUGGUGUAUGCUAAGUUGAACAAGCGCUUCAUGAACGAGGGACAUGCCUUCUUCCGAAGGUAUCUGCUGUCCUAUUGGAGGAAUAUUCCCAUUCUCGGUUCGAUUGGACGAAAACGCGAACAGCCGAUACGAAUGGGAUUGGACACUGCGGGAACCGCGACAAACGCAAGUUUGUGCACUAAAACAUCCGGCGUGAUGACUCAACAAAAACAAAUGAUGUCAUCUAACUGCUAGAUUUAUAAUGUCCGAAUGUUCCGUACCCCAACGUAAACUCUUUGUGGUAGUAAAUUACUGACAUUUCACAAAAAUGAAAACAAUUUUGAUCAAUAAA